AUGCCUAGCCAACCCUUUCCCAAGGUGAAGGCUAUCAACCAAGGAAUGAUCUCAGAAACAGGGGCCUUUAAAUACAAGAGGAUUAGGUUUAGGGUCAAAGGAAAGUCAAGGGGGAAGCAACAUUUUUCGGGUUUGACUUUGACUUCUCAGCUCGAUCGAGUUGAAGCUUGGCCGGUCGAGUUGAGGAACUCGACCGGUUGGUCGAGUAGAUGGUCGAGCUGGUCUUCAAGAUGGCUUCUCCUUCUUCCUUUGCGUAUCCAGUUGAGCUGCGUCCAUGCCAAGUCCCUCCAUGCUCCUCGUCCCAUAUGCUCCAGAAUGCUCCAAAAGACCUAUUUCAAAGGACCAAACAUGCAUAUGUAUGCAAAUGCAACCUAA